ACGUAAAUUGGCCUUUCCGAUUGUCGUGAUCGUGCGAAUCUCUGUCGUGUGAUUUCAUCUCCAAAAGUCUAACAAAUAUCUUUAAAAUGGGAAGAAAGGUGGUUUUAGCUACCUGUACACUCAACCAGUGGGCUAUGGACUUUGAAGGCAACUAUGAGCGAAUUUUAAAAAGUAUAGCCAUAGCCAAGGAAAAGGGAGCCAGAUACAGAUUAGGACCCGAACUCGAAAUCACAGGUUAUGGGUGCAAUGAUCAUUUCUAUGAAUCUGACACCAACCUGCACUCAUGGCAGAUCUUGGCCAAGCUUCUUGAAGCACCGGAGACACAGGAUAUCAUAUGCGAUGUGGGAAUGCCAGUAAUGCACAAGAAUGUCCGCUACAAUUGCCGAGUUAUCUUCCUUAACAAGAAAAUAAUCUUGAUCAAGCCAAAGACUGACAUGGCUAACAAUGGCAACUACAGAGAGCUUAGAUGGUUUACUGGAUGGGCUAAACUCAGGACCGUUGAACAGCAUUUUCUCCCACGUAUGAUCUCAGAUAUCACCAAUCAGACAACAGUCCCAAUUGGUGAUGCUGUGAUAGCCACAAGAGAUACAUGUAUUGGGACUGAAGUUUGCGAAGGACUCUGGACUGCAAACAGCCCCCAUAUAGCGAUGAGUCUUGACGGUGUAGAGAUAGUCACUAACGGCAGUGGAAGUCUUCAUCACCUUAGGAAAGGCCACCGUCUUGUGGAUCUUAUAAAGAAUGCUACACUCAAGUGUGGAGGGAUCUACAUGUAUUCCAAUCUACGUGGCUGUGAUGGAGAGAGGGUUUACUACUACGGCGGCUCUAUGAUUGCUGUGAACGGUGAUGUCGUUGUUAGAGGAGAGGAGUUCGCACUUACUGAAGUUGAAGUAACAACAGCGACCCUUGACCUCGAGGAUGUGAGGUCAUACAGGGCCCAGGCAUCCAGCUCAUCCAUGGCUGCUACACGAUCAGAGGCUUUCCCUCGCAUUCAAGUUGACUUUUCACUUUCCAAUGACCGAGACGCAGAAGCGACACCACCGGUGCGCGACCAAAUCAAGAUGUAUACUCCUGAAGAGGAAAUAGCCUUGUCUCCAGCCUGCUGGUUGUGGGAUUAUCUUCGGAGAAGUAAACAAGGUGGUUUUUUCAUUCCAUUGAGUGGCGGUAUUGAUAGCUCAUCAGUUGCUUGCAUCGUUCACUCCAUGUGUAGACUCGUUUGCCAAACUGUUUCCGAUGGAGAUGAGAAGGUGCUAGCGGAUGUGAGGUCGUUGACCCAUGACCCCGAGUACACGCCCACUGACCCCAGGGAACUUUGUAGUCGUCUCCUGGUGACCUGUUACAUGGGAACGGUCAACUCUUCGAAGGAAACAAGGGAGAGGGCUGAGGACUUGGCACACCAGAUAGGAAGCCACCAUAAGUCCAUCACCAUAGAUGAUGCAGUGAAGGCAUCGGUUGGAAUCUUUGAGAGUGCGACAGGUACCCAACCUAAAUUCAAGGCACUAGGUGGAUCCCAGAGAGAAAACCUUGCACUGCAAAAUAUUCAGGCAAGAACUCGGAUGGUCCUUUCGUACCUGUUUGCUCAGCUCUCUCUCUGGAGUUUAGAUAGACCAGGUGGUUUGCUGGUUCUAGGAACAGCUAAUGUUGAUGAGAGUUUGAGAGGGUACUAUACCAAGUAUGACUGUUCCAGUGCUGAUCUCAAUCCGAUAGGUGGUAUUAGCAAGACUGAUCUCAGGAGCUUCAUCAUCUAUGCAAUGAAGACAUUCAACCUGCCUGCACUGCAAGGGAUUAUGGAUGCCCCACCUACAGCUGAACUGGAACCCUUAGAGGCAGGCAAGGUUUCACAAACAGAUGAGGUUGAUAUGGGUAUGACAUACAAUGAGUUGUCAAUAUUUGGUCGUCUUAGGAAGGUUAGCCUCUGUGGUCCGUACAGUAUGUUCAUGAAGCUUGUUAAUGAAUGGAAAGAGUCUUGCUCACCAACACAAGUUGCUGAUAAGGUGAAGCACUUCUUCCGCUCCUACUCAAUCAAUCGCCACAAGAUGACCACCUUGACACCAUCUUGCCAUGCCGAGUCCUACAGCCCGGAUGACAAUCGAUUUGAUCUCAGACAGUUCCUUUACAAUGCAAGAUGGCCGUGGCAGUUCAAGUGCAUUGAUCAGGAGGCAGCACGUCUUCAAGAUAAAGUCGAUGCCAAGGUCUCUUCCAGUGAUGUCACGGCACCAUCCACCAAUCAGAACAAAGCUACCAAUCAUGUGACCACCAUCACCAGUGUAGCCACCAGACGACGCUCCAGCGACGACACAGAGAAACCCAUGGAUGGCGAAGCUCUGGAGAAGCAGACAGAUGUCAGCCCCCCACAGAGAAUGACCCGUAAGAGGUCAAGUGAGGUCACAGAAGGGGUCAGCCAAUCAAAAAGGGCCAGGUCACCAAACUCCAAUUCAAAUAACUCAAAUGAGGAUCAGUCAUCACCGUUGAAACGCAUGGGUAAUUGGAUUAGAGAGAGCAUUGGAACUGUGUGAAACUGAAUUGAGUAUUGAAUUCUAUUAGGCACAAAUUCAAAUAGAAUUUUAAAACCCAAUGGCUUGGGACUGUAAGAUUUGCAUUUCGCACCCUACCCCGUUUAUGACAAUCAUGGAUUGGUUGUUUUUGCACAUAGAUAUCAUAUUUUCCGUUCGAAUUAUACUAAAUCCACUCAAAUCAUGCACACAGGGACUGUUUCAUGAAGGUUGUUAACAUUGACAAGCUAUAGUGCAAUAGUUUCCAUAGCAACAGUCAGAUUCCUUUGUUUUUCAUCCAAUCAGAAAUGAGGAAAGCUGUCCGAUCUGAGAACUUUUCAGAGGGUAACAAUUUUGAUCCUUCCAUGUAAGCAAAAAAUAGUCAAGAAGCAACCCAGUGAUCAGUGUGGCUACUUCAAUUCCUCUUCUUAUGUUUUUAAAUAUUUUAAAACCCUUUUUCCUCUUUGAAAAAAUAAAUCCUGCAUGUAGCCUUUAAUUGUGCAAGACAACAUGAAGGAUGACUUGGUAUAUAGUAGAUUUUUUUUUACAAUAAUACAAAAUGAUUUAUGAAUAUAUUGUUUGAAUAUCAAAUACUUCAAAUCUAUAACUUCCUUAUUUUUCACAAAAUCCUGUGUUAUUGGAUUGAGGUGCCACUUUUAGGUGACAGAUUUUAUUUGUUUUCUAGAUACCUGUUAGUUUAUAUGUUCAUUGCCAGAGAAAAGUUAUGUAAAAUGUUGAUGCAAAUCUUUCAUAAGGUGCAAUAUUUGUGUUGUGCUCUUUAUUGUACAAAAGAGACAAAAUGUAGGAUUGGACAAUGUGUGUUUUCAUUCAUAGUGAUAUUUGAGUGUUUGUAUAGGAACAGCAUGAAUUCUUAUUUUGUGAUAUGGAGCGUUGUGGCCCAGUGUAUUAGUCUCCGGAGUUUGAAACAGAGGGUC